AUGGCACCUGCGCGCAUCGAAGUUACAAGCGCUGAAGACGAGCUGAGUCGUCGACGUGAGAGAGGCCGUCGGUCACAAGCUGCCUUUCGAAAACGUCAAGCCCAGGCUGCGCAAGGUUUAUCAGAUCAGAAUCGCCGCCUCAUAGAGGGAGUUCAGAAAGCUGUCGAUGCAGUGCACGGCGAUGAGCGACAAGAGAUUCUCGACGCUAUCGCCAACUUGGCCAAUAUCGCUGGCCUCGAAACCAAAGACAGCCCAUUGCGGGACACACCGCCGUCCUCAGGAGACGAGGAUAUCACAAUCAAUGUCUUGACUGGUGAUUUCACUCGCAAUUCCAAAAGUUCAACUGGUACUUGCACGCAAAUCUCAAGCCCAACACCACAACGUCUUGAUUGCGGCAUAUGGCUCGACCCAAUGCAUUACAAACGCGUCUCACUCCCACCUCAAGACAUCAUACCCUACCUAGGUCCCGGCUCAAAGACCUUUGCUGGCCUGCUUUUUUGGUCUGUAAUGGAUCACAGUCUGAACGGUUGCAAGCAUCCACAUGCAGAAGCCUCCACAGUUAUCAAGACCGGACUAGGCCACUCGACAGCAACCCAAGACGUCAAGGUGUCUUUUAUCAGAAGAAUGGUUGAGGCAAGACUGGAGUUCAAGAAGACUGGUUCGAUUAGUGCAGAGCAUGCCUCUGCAGCCGAAAAUGACCUGGGCGUGGUCUUGCGUAACCUGGUUGAAACCGAUUAUCGGGCGAGGGGAAAAGACCCCGACUUGUGGCUGUCCUGUGUCGCCAUCGAGCAACGGGUGAGGAGUAUUGCUGGCAACAGUGCAUUUCUUGUCCUCGAAAAGGCAGUGCGAGACGAAGGCGAGCAAGAGUUGCGAGAAGCACUUGUUCGUGUGAAAUGCAGGCUUUCUGACACGGGUGUUUGCUUCGGCGAUGGGCCUCGUUGGAAUGUAGAUGUGGUGGAUAGCAUAUUCCUCGAUCCCAUCAUUCAGGCGAUGGGGAGGAUUUGA